UCAUUUCCGUUUGUCUGUAACCUGCGUUUUUUUCCUUGCCUGUCCUUCCCUCUCAGCUAAUUGCUCUUUGGUCAAUAUCUACACUCUUGAAUGUUUGUAAAUUUCCAACAGAUAUAAAGACACCAUGGAUGAUUUUGACAUGCUCAACUCACCUGCUACUGGAAACGGCGUGGGCUCAGACGAGGAUCCCGCUGCGGCUUUUUUGGCCCAACAAGAAAGCGAAAUCGCGGGGAUCGAAAACGACGAAGGCUUCAGCAUCCUGGACAGUGGCGAGGUCCCUUCAUCGUUGGCAGAUUCCAGCGAUGGUGCUGUCAAUGGAGAGUUCCAUGGGGAAAGCAACGGCCCGUCUGAUGCAUAUGCAGCAAUUUCCAAUGCAGACCGCCUGCAGGCUGAACCUGAAAGUCUUCGCAAAUGGAGGGAGGAGCAAAGAGAGAGACUUGAGAUGCUUGAUGAAAACUCUCGCAAGCAGGAGUCUGAAUGGAAGACCAAGGCCAAGGUGGAACUGGAGGAGUGGCAUGCCAGACAAAAUGAGCAACUGGAGAAAACCAAAGCCAAUAACAGGGUGCUCGACGAAGACUUCUACAAGCAGCCCUUCUCUGAACUCAUUGGUUAUGUGGCGGCUGAGGAGGCCAUGAUUUCAGACAUGGAUGAGAACAAUCCCGGCACGGAAUGGGAGCGGGUGGCUCGCCUGUGUGACUUCAACCCCAAGUCCAGCAAGCAAGCCAAAGACGUGUCGCGCAUGCGCUCCGUCCUCAUUUCCCUGAAGCAGGCCCCGCUUGUGCGCUAGGCUGCAAUUUAUCCAAUCCAAAAUGAUCAUCAAUGCAAAUGCAACCAACAGCUGAUGACCAACAUUUGUAUUCUGAAGAAAAGGUGGCAUUCCUUCCUUCUGUCCAUACCCUUUUAGUGUACAUCUUUUUUUUUUUUUUUUUUUUUUUUUUUUUUCUCCUUCCCCCCCCCUUUAGUGGAGGGGUACUGUAUUCUACUUCUGACAGACCUGUUAAGAAUAGCCAUGGAACAUCAAAGCACUGAUUUGUCACAGCGUAUUUUUUUGUGUCCACGUACAAUUUAAAUGCAAGUCCUUGUUUGGGUUCAUAUAGCCAGCAAAUGAUACCAAUCCCAUCAUACUGUGCUGUAACCCCUCAAACUUCAUGGCCCUUGUAAGGUUGGUGGUUUUAGACACCUUUUUUUAAUAUCACAUCAUGUUGUCAUUAGCCAUACUUGGAAGUUUGCAAAGAUUGUUUUUCUUUCUGUUUAAGGACCAAAUUUAAAAAAAAAAAAAAAAAAGGUUUCAAGUGUCUGUGUAGUGUCAGCUUGUUGUAUUCAAUCUAUGCAUCUUUUUGUGAAAAUGGUCGAGUACAUAAUUCAGACGUGUGUGUGUGUGUGUGCGCGCGCACACACUGUCCGUGUUCCACUAUGUAAAUAUAACAAAGGCACUAUAUAUACACAGAACAUAAGACCUACAUGUUGUAAAAUUUGACAGUUUGAAGAACUAAAUUGUCAGCUGUUGUAUGAACAAGCAUGUCCAUUGCCCACUUGUUUCAAUGUCAGUAAACAGUGAAUCAAAACUGUCA